AUGGAUUACCGGUACGAAGCCUCACGGGAUGAGGCGUUUCAACCCGCCCUGACAGGCACGCGACCCAUCACGUUUUCCAUCCCGGCUUCGGACGACUAUUACGAUCUCAACGAACUUUGUUUUCGAAUCAAAGUACGUCUGACCGAUCCUGCUGCUGAGUAUCAAGGAUUGAAAGGCAACGUGGCCAACUCCGAUGGCAACAAUACCAGAAACACCUACUGUGUCAACAAUUUUGGUCACACCAUCUUUCGAGAUAUUAACCUGAGGAUGAAUGGGGUGCUCAUGACCGAACAGAGUAAUACCUACCAUUACAAAGCCUACGUGGAAACCUCACUGAAUUACAACCGAGAAGAAGGAGCCACCAAGUUGGCCCCUCAAGGCUGGGCCAAUCAACUCAAUGUGAUUGAAGAAAUGGGAGCGACAGGCGCCAAUUCCGAUACACCCACCAAUGCGAACUGGAGUGGAAAUGCAGAAUUGCGAGCGUUGAUCAGCCGGUCGCUGAGCGAGAGUCGGCACAACCUCAUCAUCCGCCCUCAUUUGCCACCCCUCAAGGCGGGUAAAUGUUUGGUGCCUGGUGUCCAGUCGGACUUUGAACUGUUCCUGAACCCCAACUCUAUCUACUUGAUGGGCACCCCUAACAAAGGGACCUUGAACGACAAAAAAUUUUUUGCCAUCCAUAAUGAGGACAUCAAAGUCACCUUGCUGAUGAGAAAAUUGACCUUGAUUGCCAGUGUCUAUGUCAGGCUGCAAAAAGAAAGACGAAUGCCGAAAAAAGAUCGUGCGCUACCCCGUGGCUCGAAGUGA